AUGUACGACCCUCUGUCCCCUCUUCUCUCUGGCUCAGGCGCUUUCGACGGGCUUUGUGACGGGUCAUAUUCGAGCGGGGUCAAUGCCUCGUCCACCGUCACGUCCGUCAAGAUCCUACGCCGACACCCACCAGCUCAGCCGGUCGGUCGCCGCCGCCGCGGACGUUCCCGAGGGUUUGACGACGACGACAAGCUGGCGUUCGCGUAUUCCGCCGGCAUCUGGCUCAUAAUUGGAAGGAGGCGACGCGUCCCCAGCGGGUCGAAGCCGAACGGCGCCAACGCAACGAGCUGGGCGAUGAGUAUGCUAAACUGA